AUGAUUGCAUUACAAAUGAUAGAUCGUCUUGAAACAUUUCAUUCAAGAGGAUUUAUACACAGAGACAUCAAACCACAAAAUAUUUUAAUCGGUAGAGGAGAUAAAUCAAAGAUUUUAUAUUUAGCUGAUUUUGGCCUCACAUCACCUUUCCUACCAGCAAGACGAGAUGGUAUUUUGCCACCUCUCGUUACUGCACAAGUAACAGGAAAUCAAUUAUUUUCUUCAACAGGAAAUCAUAUGAAUUACCAACAAGGACCAAAGGAUGAUCUUGAGAGUCUUGCCUAUAUGUUAGUAUACCUUCUCACAGGAGCUCUUCCUUGGAGUAAUAUCCAAACAACAGAUCCCAACAAAAGGGCCAACAUCCUUACAAAUACAAAAAUGACAAGUUCUGUGACUGAAAUAUGUAAGGAUUGUCCUGAUAUGUUUGGAGAUUUUUUGAGAACAAUAAAAUCACUGAAAAGUGACGAUACACCAGAUUAUAAUGCACUGAAGCAGAUGUUCAUAGAUUUUAUGGAAGAGAAUGAAAUCCAAAAUGAUCUAAUGUUUGAUUGGGCUCCGAUUCAUAAAGAACAAAAAUAUUCCCUGAAAAUAAGACGUGGACCACGUUAG